UGAGCAUCGUCGACCCUCGUCAAAUGCACAGCCCAAUUGGUUUGACCCAGGGCGGGAGGGAAGGGAGGGGAGGGAGAAAGGGAGGGAGGAGAGCGAGAUUCAUGUUGGGUGAUUCCUUUCCCCCCCGUUGCUUGCUUGCGGAUCCCUUCUGAUGGCGCUGUCAUGGGUUGUGCUUCAUUUCGGGAUGGCGAUGGGUCGGGGCCACUGCAGCAGUAGCAGUAGCAGUAGUAGCAAGAAGCCCGUCGCCAUGAACGCCCUAGCUCUGCUCUUGGCAAUGCUCCUGUUGCUCCUCCCGCCUACCUCCGUCGCCCAGGAGCAGGAUGAGGCCUCUUUGCAGAACUUGUUCGCCCACAUUCGCGAGGUUCAGGAAUUGAACAUCAAUGGAUUCGGGGAGCUGGCGAAAUUCAACGCGAAGAGGCCGGAGGAUUUGUCCGUGGCUGAUCCUGUAGCUGGAGUGGGGGCGGAGGAAAAGUUGGGCGAAGGGGAUGCACCUGAUUUGUUUGCGCACAUUUUCGAGCUGCAGCGGAAAGCUCUGGAGAGGAAUGCGGAAAUUGAAGGGUUGAGUGAUGAGGAGAGGAAGAAGUUGGGUUUUGAAAGUGAAGAAGAGGAUGAGGAGGAGGAGAAAGAAGCAGAAGUGGAAGGGGAAAAAGGGUCUGAGGGCAGUGGAAUGGCUGAUCCUUUAGUCCAAGCCAGGAUGAAGCAGUUAGAGGAGACGUUGAAGGGCUUGACUGACCGGGCCGUCGAUAACCAGGGGGAGCUCAAUGCGGAUGGGCCGCAGUUAACUGCGGAUGGUGCGAAAGGCGAGGACGUCAUUAACCUCUUGCAUAAGUAUGCGUAUGAGAUGCAUCAGAAGCUUCAUCCGAAUGCGGCUGAUGGGGAAUUGCAGAUGGGUACCGAAUCAAACCACGAGGUUGCCGCGGAGGAAGAGAAAUCUCACGGUGGGCAUGAAGAAAACCACGUGGAUCACGAGCAUUCACUUAAGCACGAUCACCAUCAUGAUCGCGGACAUGAAGAACACCACCACCACCACGAUCACGGCCAUAGAGAUGAGCACGCAAAUGUGGGCUUUUCUAAAGCAAGCGAUGCCCACUGUCAUCACCAUGAUCAUAGUGGUCACAGUCAUGGACAUCAGCACGGGGAGAGCGUCAAGAAAAGGGAAUUCAGACUGCCUGAGGAGAUUGCUGAGGAAGAGGAUUUGCUACAUUAUGGUUUCGAGGGACAUGUGUACUCAAGUGAUGAACAGUCUAGUCGCUUUCCAGUUCCCGAGCUAGGCAUCUGGUUGCGCGCAAUGGGCUGUUCAAUGCUAGUGAGCUUGGCCUCUCUUAUAUGCCUAAUGCUGCUCCCUUGCAUUGUCUCAAAUGGCAAGCCUUCAGAGGGCGUGGUCAACGCUUUGGCUUCUUUUGGGGCUGGUGCAAUGUUAGGGGAUGCAUUCCUUCAUCAACUUCCUCAUGCAUUCGGAAGUUCUGAAUCUUCAUCUCAUUCUCACGGUGCACAUCAGCAUGAUCAUGAUCAUAGUCAUGGUCAUGGUCACGAGCACUCUCCCGCUGCAGGCCACGGUCAUGCACACUCUCUGCAAGACUUGUCGAUUGGUCUUGCUGUACUCGGUGGAAUCAUUCUCUUCUACAUUGUUGAGAAGAUUGUAAGACGCUAUGAAGAGCUGUCCAGUCGCGGUGGCCAACGUGCACUUGGUCACACUCAUCAUCAUCAUCAAAAGAAAAAGAACAAGGUCAAAAAAUCGGAGGGUUCUGAGAAGAUUGAAGCAGUUGGGGAUGUGGCUGCCCUCGAAGAUAAGGAGUCGAAACCUUUAGAAUCUAAAACUUCGGAUCUUAAAAAGAGGAAAGGUGGUAAGAAGAAAGACACAUCUUCAGUUGGCGAUGCCAUCCCUACAGCACCGGCACAGCCACAACAGCAGGUGGAUGCAAGUGGGGGAUUCGUCAUAGGUUACCUCAACCUCUUCUCUGAUGCAGUGCACAACUUCACAGAUGGCAUGGCCCUUGGGAGUGCUUUCUUGCUGCAUGGCACAGUUGGCGGGUGGUCACGAACUUUGUUUCUACUUGCGCAUGAGCUUCCUCAGGAGGUUGGGGACUUCGGAAUCUUGGUGAAAUCUGGCUUCAGUGUGUUUGAGGCUCUUGCAUUCAACUUCCUUUCGGCUUUGGUUGCGUUAGCUGGGACUGCUGCGGCCCUGAUGCUGGGUGGCAACGCGGGUCAUUCCUCUCUUGUUGAAGGCUUCAUUGCAGGUGGAUUUAUCUACAUGUCGGUAGGUGGUGUCAUGCCUGGCAUGCAUGAUCAGGGCAACUCCUUCACUGCCACUCUUGCCCAACUUGUGCCCAUGGUGCUUGGCAUGGGUGUGGCUAUUGUGAUAUCUCUUGCUGAGUGAGUGAAAUGCAUGAAGUGAUCACUUCAGUAGCUCUCCAAGUCGACUAAACUGAUGAGUGGAGUGGAAGGUGUUCCUCUGCCCUGUAAUGGCGGUUUGGCUUUUCAUAGAAAGUGUUUUGAAUCACUGACCAACUUAACAUGUCAUGAGCAUCUUUUAGAUGAUAUUCACGUCGGGAAGCAUGAUCAUAUUAUUAGCCGCCAGUUACUUUCAGGGGAGCUUCAUUUUUGAGCUAUGUAUUCUUAUUGUCGUUGCUGAAGUAAUGAGAUGCAUCAGAACUUUUUCCGGUUUA